UUGGAAAAUUUUUUAAUUCUGCGAUGAGCCGUAUCGGCGUUAUCCGAUCAGAUCGUUGAAUUGAAUCAUCGAGAGGAGAGACUCAGACUCGCCGGGGAAGAAGAAGAAGCUAUGCCGAUGUUCAAAGCUCCGUUCAACGGCUACUCUGUGAAAUUCAGUCCAUUCUACGAGUCGCGCCUCGCCGUAGCUACUGCUCAGAACUUCGGAAUCCUCGGAAACGGCCGUAUCCAUGUGCUCGAGCUCGCUCCUGGAGCUCCGGGAGUAACCGAAUCCGUCGCUUACGAUACAGCAGACGCCGUAUACGACGUGUGCUGGUCGGAAUCUCAUGACUCGGUACUCGUCGCCGCGAUUGGUGACGGCUCAGUGAAGAUUUACGACACGGCUCUUCCUCCACCGUCUAAUCCGAUCCGAUCGUUCCAAGAGCACGCGCGUGAGGUUCACUCUGUGGAUUACAAUCCGACGCGGCGUGACUCGUUUCUCACUUCUUCGUGGGACGAUACGGUGAAGCUUUGGGCUAUGGAUCGUCCCGCGAGUAUUAGAACAUUCAAGGAACAUGCUUAUUGCGUUUACCAAGCGACUUGGAACCCUAAACAUGGUGAUGUGUUUGCUUCUGCUUCUGGAGAUUGUACUUUGAGGAUUUGGGAUGUUAGAGAGCCUGGUUCAACUAUGAUCAUCCCUGCUCAUGAUUUUGAGUUGUUGUCCUGUGAUUGGAACAAGUAUGAUGAUUGUAUUUUAGCUACCUCUUCAGUGGAUAAGACGAUUAAGGUUUGGGAUGUUAGGAGUUAUAGAGUUCCUUUGGCUGUGCUUAAUGGCCAUGGAUAUGCAGUGAAGAAGGUGAAAUUCUCACCGCACAGGAGGAAUCUGAUAGCGUCUUGCUCAUAUGAUAUGACUGUUUGUCUUUGGGAUUACAUGGUGGAAGAUGCUUUGGUUGGUAGGUAUGAUCAUCAUACAGAGUUUGCUGUUGGCAUAGAUAUGAGUGUUCUUGUUGAAGGUUUGAUGGCGAGCACAGGUUGGGAUGAGCUUGUUUAUGUUUGGCAGCAAGGGAUGGAUCCUAGAGCUAGUUGAUGAUCAUAAUUCAUAAGUAAGUCUGUGAUUGCAAGAAAAAAAAGUUUUCCUCUUAAUUUGUUGUGGAAUUGGUUUGGUUUUGUUCAACGGAUGUAGUCGGAAUAAAGUUGGGAUCUUGCAGUAUAAUGCAAUGUAUUGGAACUUCACAUAUGAAAAAGCUUCUCUGUAGUGUAUACAUAUAGCUUGUUGUUACAGUAUGAGCUGAUCUAAUCACUUCUUUUGCGGGCGCUUUUACGAUAUGGUGGUGAUAUUGAUCAGAGCAAUGUACUUGUUAGCAUGUUACAAAACCAAUGUGUUAUUGCAAGUGAAGAAAUGUGUAGUUACUAUACAAAUCUUGAGUCUCUUCUACU